UGUUGGCCCGUGCGUCACUCAAAAGCGGGUAAAGUGUGUCAAGGAUGGUGGAGUGGAAGUUCUGUCAAAAGUGAGACCAGCAGCUGCAGCUCAUCCAUCCGUCAGAGGAUAAUCCCGAGCGGAUGAAGCGGCCUGGUUAACUCCGCGAUCAAAAUGCAGUUCCUGGGACGCAUCAUCGGGACAGUGAGCAAUGUGUUCACCAACCCAUACCGGGUCCGGGAGGUCCAGCUGUCCGAGUACAGGACGAAGGUCAAGAUGCAGCAGGACGGGAGGACGGUGCUCUACAGGGACACUUCCUCUAAAUCCUGGGACUGCGUCCUCAUCAUGUCUGACAACAACGUUAUGGCACUGAGGUUGUUCCAGGUGACGUCGGAGGAAGACGCCGCAAACUGGUUCCCUCAGUACGCCCUCAAGCUCCGCCCCUUUUAUGAAACCCUCCGUCCGCCCCUCAAACCCGAGACGCUGCAGCAGAUUGUCGAUUGUCUACGGAACCAUCCGGACUGGAGCUCCGCCCACAUUGCCGUGGAUACCGGUCUGCGCGAAUGCUUGAAGCACAACCAUGUACUGGGUCAGAUGAACAUACGGGACGCUCAGGGCCAGACCCCGCUGCACCUGGCGUGCGAGCGCGGUGAGGUGAGCUGCGUGCGAGAGCUGAUCGAGGAAUGCCAGGCUCGCACAGACAUCCGAGAUAAGAACGGCAACACGCCGAUGCACUGUGCAGCCAAGCAGGACUCGGCAGUCGUCGUGGAGGUCCUGUGCUCUCAGCUGUGCGCCGGUGUAAACGAGUUGAACCUGGCCGGAGAGACACCGCUGCACGUCGCGUGCCGGUUAGGAAAGACCGAUACGGCCAGGGCGCUGAUGGGAGGCGGGGCUCGGAGCGACAUUGUCGGGGGCGUCGGCUACCCGAUCCACAUGGCCAUGAAGUACAGCUCCAAGGGCUGCGCAGAGGUCAUUCUGGCUGCCGAUCCGAAUCAGCUCCAGGCCGAGGACCCGGUAUAUGGCGGAACCCCUCUCCACUGGGCCAAAAACGCAGAAAUGAGUCGCCUCCUGCUGGACCACGAGUGCAACGUAAACUACCUCAGCAAAACUGGCGAAAGUCCGUUACACAUCCUGAGCAAGAAGGGGCGCUACGAUGCCGCCAUGGCGCUGCUCAUCCACGGAGCCAACCCUAACAUCAGGUGUGUGGACGGGAACACGGCUCUGCACCUGGCCAUGAAGUUGGACCACAUGGACCUAAUAAAAGCAUUGAUCGUUUUCGGAGCUGACAUGGAGAUCCACAACAACCUGGGCGAGACACCAGGCUUGAUCGCAGCCCGCUCCAGCAAGGGCCCCAACCGUAAGGUGUUGCUGAAGAUGCUGCAGUGCGUCGGGGUGGAGCGAUGCGGCCCGCCCUCCCCGACUUCCCAACAUAUCACCAAAAGACCAACACCCCUGUCUAUAGGGAUUAAUGACCUCAUUCACGCUGCGGCCGCCAUCUCCGCUAUGAGUCAAGGCUACACCGAAGUGGACGGACUCAGGACGAGUGAAAAGAUGGACAGAUUGCUGUGUCUGGAUGGAGGAGGUAUCAAAGGCUUGGUUCUGAUCCAGCUGCUGAUCACUUUAGAGAAGGAAGCGAAGCGGCCUGUACGAGAGCUCUUCGACUGGGUGGCUGGAACCAGCACCGGCGGCAUCCUGGCUCUCGCCGUCGUCCACGGAAAAUCCAUGGAGUACCUGCGCUGUCUGUAUUUCCGGAUGAAAGAUCAAGUGUUUAAAGGCUCGCGGCCGUAUGAGUCGGGGCCGCUGGAGGAUUUCCUUAAGCAGGAGUUUGGAGAGGACACCAAGAUGACCGAGGUCAAAUACCCCAAAGUGAUGGUCACUAGUGUUUUGGCAGACAGACACCCCGGGGAGUUGCACAUCUUCAGAAAUUACGAAGCUCCCACCACCCAACGAGACCCUCCGUACGCUUCUACAGCCAAUUUCAGACCCCUCACCAUCCCACAAGAGCAGGUUGUGUGGCGCGCAGCUCGUUCCAGUGGCGCCGCCCCUACAUAUUUUCGACCAAUGGGACGCUUUCUGGACGGCGGGCUGCUGGCUAAUAACCCCACGUUGGACGCCAUGACUGAGAUCCACCAGUACAACAAAUCACUGAAGGCUCAGAGUCGGGGGGAUGAGGUGUGUCGUCUGGGUGUGGUGGUGUCUCUGGGUACGGGGAAACCCCCACAGGUGGCGGUAAACUCUGUAGACGUGUUCAGACCCUCAAACCCUCUGGAGCUGGCGAAGAGCUUCGUAGGAGUCAAAGAGCUCGGCAAGAUGCUGGUGGACUGUUGCACUGACUCAGAUGGGUGUGCAGUAGACCGAGCCAGAGCCUGGUGUGAAAUGACCGAUAUAAACUAUUACAGGUUGAGUCCUCAGCUCUCCAGCGAGGUCCUCCUGGAUGAAGUGAGUGAUGAAGUUCUGGUGAACAUGCUGUGGGAGACGCAGAUGUACCUCUAUGAGAACCGCGAGCUCAUACACACCAUUGCGCAGCAGCUCCUGCGGCCCUAACACACACACACACACACACACACACACACACACACACACACACACACACACACAGAGAGCAGUGACAGUAAGAGUGCAUGAAUAAAAACACCCAGUAUUACUCAAUACCUCCUUAUAAAAAAGUCACAUGAUCAACUGUAACCAAUCAGAGGACAGUGACCGGCCAGUGCACCCACAACAUACCGAAUACUGGUAACAAUAUGAAGAAUCUUAAUCGUUCUGGUUCAUUUUGAAUCCAUCAUGUGGAUCCAAUCCAUCCAAUCGUGAUUCCAGUACGUUUCAAACUGCAUGAAGGAACAAUUUUUAUGGAAAAAAUCUAGAGUUGCUCAAAAUCUCGAGUUCUUUAGCUGAGUUUAGGACACGAUUCUUGAAUCCUAUUGGCCGAAACAAAUGAUAGUUUCUCUAACAACAUGGACGCCAAAUCCAAAACUAAGGAAAUUCAGCUCCAAGAAGAUGCUAAUAAACAUUUAGCUUACACAGACAUCUAAAAAAUUCAUGAGUCUUGUCGCUAAUACAAGAAUGUCUUGGCGAAUAAUCAGCAGUUUUUAACAAAUAACUUUGAACCUUUUGAACACUUGAACCUUUAAUGCAAACUUGAACAGCUGGUUUUAGUUUAAUAGUCUUGUUGAAAAUGCACGUUUGUUUGUUUGUUUGAUUUGUUUUGUUUUAUUGCCAGUAUUGAAGUAAGUCUAAUGUCGUGUACUAAUUUGGGGCGAGAUUUCAGUUUAUAUAAGUUUACUGUCAAGCAAAAAAAAAAAAAACACCUCCAGUACUGAAACUAGUGAUUACUGACAAAACCUCCGUAUUUAUUUGUUUUUUUUGUUGUUGUUGUUGUUUUUUUUAUGAUUUCUUUUCUCAUGACUGAUGCUGUUUGUCUUAACAGAUUUUAUAUUCUGUGUAUUUUGCCUUAAAUAUAAUAUUAAUUUUUAUUAAUUCUGGAUUUAUUAAAGCGUUAACGACUAAA